AUGCCGCCAAAGAAGAAGUCAACCGCACCACCUGCGAAGAGGCAAAAGCGAGCUGUAGUGUCAGACGACGAAGAUGACAUUCAGCAAGACGACGUCUCCCAAGCUAUCGUAGCUCCACCUCCUCCCAUCCCGUCCGAGCCCCUCGGUCCCAUCGCGCAGUCCUACACGUACGCCUCCGAUAUCCCCUCCGAAUGCAGCAAGAUCGAUCCUUCCAAUCCGAGCAUCAAGGUCCCUUGCGUCCUUGGUGUGGACGAAGCAGGCCGUGGCCCCGUCCUUGGCCCUCUCGUGUACGGCAUCGCCUACUGCCCUGUCUCGUACCAGGACUCGCUCAAGGAGAUCGGCUUUGCGGACUCCAAAGCCCUUACUGCCGAGCGUCGUGAUCACCUCCUCGCCGCGCUCAUCGAUGACAGUGCACAUCUCGGGUGGGCGGUCCGCGUCAUGUCGCCGCAGGACAUCAGCGCUGGCAUGCUGCGGCGGAGACCAGUGAACCUCAAUGCACAGUCGAGCCAGGCGACGGUGGGUCUCAUUGCGGGCGUGUUGGAGAGCGGUGUCGACGUGACCGAGAUCUACGUCGACACGGUGGGCGACCCGAAGAGCUACUCGAGGCUACUCAGCUCGCACUUCCCGCGACACCCGCAUAUCAAGUGGACCGUCACGAGCAAGGCCGAUGCCAUCUACCCCAUUGUCGGCGCGGCGAGUAUCGCGGCAAAGGUAACAAGAGAUCGAUGUGUCGAGGGGUGGAAGUAUGCCGAGCAGCGACAGCAGGUGCCGAGCUCGAAAGCUGCUGGCGAUGAAGAGGUCAAGGUGUUAGGCGAUGCGACAAAUCACACGCCAUCGCAUUUGGGUUCAGCCGCGGAAACCAAGAAGCGCAAAGCGGAGGUUGAAUCGGUACCACAAUCCACGCAGAAUGUCGACACCGUCUGGUCCAGCAUGGGCUCGCUAGGCAGUGGCUAUCCAGGCGAUCCCAAUACUGUCGCGUAUCUCAAACGCAACCUCGACCCGGUCUUUGGCUGGCCUGGUCUAGUGCGUUUCAGCUGGGCAACGGCGAAAACCAUGCUCGAGGAGAAAGUCAAGCCCCCGUCGUCCACCGCGGGCAAAGUCACAGCCUCUGCUGCAGAUGCUACUCCAGCGUCACUCGGAGGCAAGCGUCUCACUCGCUCGCUCUCGCGGACGUCGUCAUUCAACUCUGAAGUCGAAGCGCCCACCACAUCAGAGUCAGAGCCCAUCAUUGCAUCUACACGGCCAACAAGCAUCUACGGCACCUACCUCCCCGCGCCCUCGGUACCCGGCGGCACCGCUCCCCGCGGCUACAAAGUCAAGUGGAUCGACGAACCCGUGUCCAUCUCCAAAUUCUUCGGUCCCACAUCCACCAAGAAGCCCGCCACCGCUCCCACCAGCACUGCCUCAACAUCCGUAGACUCGACAGACGCAUUCCACGUCUCAGCACUGCAAGCAACGAUCAACGACUGGCUCAAGCGCGAGCCGUCCUCUGCCGCCAAGACCGCCGCUGCCGUCCCCGGCGACAUCGGCCAGAUCCACAUCGCCGUCUCAAAACUCACCAAGGAUCUCAGCCUCGUCAGUGGCGAUGCCACCUUCAUCCUCUGA